GAGUCCAAAGCAACAUGUCUCUACAACGCUCAACAGCUCCAUUAGUAUGGGUUGAUUGUGAGAUGACAGGUCUCGAUCCCGAAACCGACCAAAUCCUCCAAAUCUGCUGUUUCGUAACCGAUGCGCAACUACAACUUAUCGAGCCCAAUGGCUUCGAGGUCAUUGUCCACCAGCCUAAAUCCAAGCUAGAUGCCAUGUCGCAGUGGUGUAUUGAUACACACGGUAGAUCCGGACUUACGCAAGCUGUGCUCGCUUCUACUACAGACGCCGCGACCGCAUCGAGUCAAUUACUGGCCUAUAUCAAGCGAUACGUUACUGAACCACGGACUGCGUUGCUGGCGGGAAACAGUAUUCAUGCCGACCGAGCUUUUCUCGCGAAACCCCCGUAUUCGCUUGUACUCGAAUGGCUACAUUAUCGUCUGCUUGACGUGAGCACCAUCAAGGAAGCAGUGAGACGAUGGGGUAGCGAUGAACUGCUCCGUGCAGCCCCACCGAAGCGCGAGGUCCAUCUGGCUAGGGAUGAUAUUCUUGAGAGCAUCGAAGAGAUGAAGUAUUAUCGCUUGAAGCUCUUCGGCGGGCGGUGAUGGCUGGGCCCACGUCAGAUGGCCGACACAUAUACCAGCUACGGCUCUCUUCUACAUCGUAUAUUGCAAACAACAAUAUACGAGCAUAUAUAUCGAUGGGCAAUAAAUUCCAAUUGCCUCGAUAAAAGCAACUGGCUCGCAGUACGGUGAGGACCUGACGGUGAGGACGGUGAGCACGGUGGUCUGCAGGUCUGGAUCUGAGAAAUAGUCCCCACUCGGUGGCUGAUUGUUUGUUUACCGCAAGAAGCGACUUGAUCGCAUUCGACGUAGAGGAACAAAAUAACAAUGAGUGUGAUAGAAGAUAGAGUGAGUUAUAUUCAAUUAAAUUGUAUCUGUAGUUGUUG